AUGGCGGCAGCGGCAACCACGACAAGCACCACCACGACGCGGGCGUUGGAUGAAUUCCACAGAGGCAAUGUUGAGGCGGCGCAGUUCAUACUCGAGGAGGCGGCCAAGUCAGAGCAUAACGUAAAUGAACUUUUGUCAAUCCACUGCCUGCGCGCUACCUUGGCCGCAAUGAAGGGUAGCAUGGACGUUACGUCCAUUACUGCGCAGCUCGCACCUGGGGAGCCGGUGCGGCUCCCCGUGCAGAGCUACCUAGAGGGCGUUGCCGCGAUGGCGCGUGGCGAUCUGGCCACGGCGCGAAGACGUCUGGAGACGGCGGUAGAGCGGUGCGAGGGUUUUGGCGCUGCAUUGGUGUGUCUUGCUGCUGUGUACUACCUUACCAGCCAGUACGAGAAGAGCUAUGCGCAGUACUGCUACACACUGAAGAUGUUCGGGUCUGACGAGGCGCCGUCCGUGGUGCGGGUAGGAAUGGGUUUGUGUGCCUUCCGGCUCCAGCGGCUCGUGGAUGCCCGCCGCAUCCUCGAGCGCGCCAUCGAGGUGCAUCCCGAUGAUGAGCUCGCGUGGCUAGGCUUACUAGCGGUCUACAUUGACCUUCGCAUGCUGCCCCAGAUUCACACGGCCGUGGUGCGGCUCAAGCAUUUGAUGCCUCAGAACACGACGGUCCUGCUGAAAGUGUGCGACUUAGCCUACUUCCGCUCCUUGGAGGACGGACGACUGAAGAGCUCCAUGGGGCGGUUGCGUAGUCUGCUGCGGUAUGUGCGGCAGAGGGCUUCACCUGAGGAAAUGGCGCUGGUGGACUUCCACGAGGGUCGACUGCUGCUCGUCUGCGGCGAGGUGGCAGCGGCGCAGCCACUUCUCGAAUCUGCCGUGCGCGCCAACCCGAACCUCUUAGCUGCCCGUAUCCACUACGCCCGUCUGCUGAUGUACGCCAACCGCCACGCUGACGCGGAGACGCUGCUGAUGGAGGUAAACAGGACGUGGCCGAACGAGAAAGAAGUGUUGCAGAUGCUUGCCAUUCUUGCAACGCGAGCGGGCCGCCACAGCGAGGCCCUUCGCUACAGUCACACCCUGACGAUGACGGUGGCUCAAGGCGACGUGAACUCGUGGGCAUUGGCGGCCGUGUGUUCUCGCCUCGACACGGAGCACUGCAAGCGGAUCUGCGCGCACGUGCGUGCCGUUCAGCGGGAGCUGAACCUGCCGUCUAGCUGGAAGCUAAGUGCCAACCUCGCCAUCCUCUCAGGAGAUGUGGAGGCGAUGCAGGGUAUCGUGGACACGGAGCUGGGGGCGGCCUUUCUCAUGUCCAACAUCGCCGUGGAUGUCUCCUAUGUACCGCUCUUGUACAACCUGGCGUUGUUGCUUGAGAAGCGGGAGCCGGCACGCGCGCGGCAGCUUUAUGUGUACCUUGUCAAGCACUGCAGUACCUUUGCUGCACCGUACUACCGCCUUCACUUCCUGGCGAAGGAGGCAGGUCAGCUGCAGCAGGCGGUGGCGUGGCUGCAGUGGCUGUUGAAGGUGCACCCGAUGGAAGCCACGGCCCAGACAUGCAUGGCGCAGCUCUACAUGGAAAGGUCGAACGUGAAGGAGGCUCUCGCUAUCUUCAAGAAGGUGAACGCCUCCGAGUUGCAGCUGCCUGUAGCACUCGCUGUCGGUUCCACCUCUCUUCAGGCGUGCCAGCAAUCCUCUUCGCAGUGGCCGAAGCUGCUCGCCUCGGCGCGCUCUUUUUACCGGGAUGUUCUUGCCAAGGAUCCCCGCAACAUUCUUGCGGCCCACGGCUACGCGUGCUGCGACGGGCUCGAGCGUCGCGGAGACGCUGCUGAGGCGAUGCUAAAUAGUGUGAGCGAAGUGACUUCCCUUUCCACCGUGUCGACGAGCAACGUCGAUGCCCACCGCGCCAACGUGAAGAUGCUCAGCCACGGCUACAAGCAGGCCGCGGACUACUUCGCGCGCAUGCCGACACGCACAUCCGAGCAGGACGCGAUGUACUCGUUCUGCAUGGCCACCGAAGGUCGGUACACAGAGGCCCUAGAGCUGAUGCACACCGCCACUCUGAAGGCCCCGAGUGGGGAUCCGAUGCUGGUGUACAAUACUGCCUUGCUGCAUUUCAUGGCCUUUGUUGACGGACUGAAGGGCACACGCGCCCUUACAGCGGCGCAGGGUGAGGCGCUUCUUGCCCACCUGGAGUCUGGGCGGCGGGGCGCCACUCUCCUGGAGAGCAUAAAGGGCAAGUACGAGUUGAUGAGCCGCGCCAAGCGCUACCUGCGCUCCAUAAGCGCCUACUGCGAGCGCCACUGUGCCACCGUGCACGCGCUUGUGGAGGCUGGCCAGCAACGGGCGAAAGAGCUAGCGCUGUCGGAGGAGGGAUGGAGGCGCGUGUUUGCGUCACACAAGGCGGAGCAGCAGCGCCGGCAAGAGGAGGAGGAGUUAGCGGAGCACCACAAGGCGGAGGAGCGCAAGCUGGCGGAGGCAGACGUGUACGCGCGCUUUCGUCUAAGUCGCAUUCAGCAGCCGGCGGCGCUGCUAAAUGCGGAUUUGCUAGCCGCGACGCUGGCGGAUGCCAUGCAGGACACGAUGCCAAAAGAGGGGCAGUCAAUGGCGUUGGGUGAAGAGGAGGGCGAGUUACCGUGA